GUGCAACGAUUCACGUUGAAAAUUGGUCUUAGGGGGCCUCACUGAAGCCGAAGAAGGUGGUUUUUGCUAGUCUACGUUGAUUCCUCGAUAGAAUCAGUUGUCUUGUGAGUGAAACCCGACAGUAUUAUUUCUUUUUCUCGCCUCUCCGUGAAACACCAGACGAACGAAUUCCUUUGCGCCUUGGAACUCCAUUGAAAAUAUAAAUAACACUUACCUAAAAAAUAAAGCGUAUCAAAAUGACUCGUGGUUGAUCUUUUAAUUUUUUAAUUUCCUCAUCAAUAAAAUAUAAAAAAGACAAGUGAUUUUCUGUGAAAAUCACCUCUUGUGAAAGGUUGGUGCGCGUUUCUUUUGUGAAAGAGUAAGCGAGGCAGAAAAUAUGAAUAUUUUGUGCACAAUCUACCUGAUUUCAUUCAUUGGAUUUUCCAUUAUUGCAAGAGAAUGUGCUGCUUCAUGCUACUUUCCCGCUGAAAUGCAAGGUGUCUAUGUGACUCAGAGCACAAUUUCUGGCGUUGAUGUUGUCUACAGUCAAAUUAAUAUUACAUCGGACUUGAUCACAAUUUGGGGCAAUUGCCAUCGACGGAUUGGAAAUAAUAUAAUCCUUAUGAUGGCAUCGCUGGAGGAUGAGGAAGAAGACACAACGUGCUAUAGGUGCUUUCAUAUAACUCUCGUCACGAAGAACAUCGUGCGUGUAUAUACGACCAUGGAAUACAUGGCAAAGUGUUUCACGAAUGAAGAUAAAGCCAUCAUGUCUUGUCCAACAGAGACAUCCCUUCGUGAUCCUGAGGAACACACAGAAAUUAUCCUCUUUAAAAUCCGAGAACUCGAUGGUCAAGUGAUCCGCCGGCGUGAGUAUUGCCCCAUAAGUGGUCGAUACAAUUUCACAUUUGCUUCUGGGGAUGAUGGGGAAAAGCGUCUGGAGUGUCUAUCACCGAAAUCUACACUGGACACGUGUCCUUCCGGUUCAUCGUUCAAUCUUCGCUUUCGUGGGUGUAAUUUUGAGGAUAUGGAUGCUUCACUGGAGUGCCUUGGGCACUGGACAGGCUACAAUGGUGUAAACUAUCUCGCUCUCAUUAAUACGCGGCAAGAUGAGAAGCUAGGUCCACGGUAUCGAUGCGCAAUAUUCCUAGAGGAUGGGAAUUCAGGUGUAGUUACACUGUCAUUCAGCAAUGACUCCACGUGCAACCCGAUUGGUCAACGUGAUUCUCGAGGGAUGUAUGGCGAAUCCCUCACACUCUUUCCCACAGAACGACCAUCUGGGAGUUCUGGGAGAGAACAAUGUACCUUUCCAAAAUGGCUGACAGGUCGAUGGAAGCAUAUGAAAAAAUCUAGUGAUUCCGUGGCUAUUUUUUACGAUUACUCAUCCUUCAAGACGCACACAAUGUACUGUCAGGAGGCAGAUUCUAAUACAGGAAGGUAUCUUGUAAAGAGUAUUACUCAGUGUGGUGAAGAGAAGUUUUUCUGCACAUGGAUUGAACAAAGGAGUUCAAAUAUAAUUGAGUUCCAAAUGUCCCUGCAGUCAGCAGCUGUCUCCGUGACUCCACAGCGUUUAUGUACUGAUGAGAAUUUUGACGGUACCAGAUGGAUUACACAAAGUCGUGAAACAACGCGUACCCAUUAUACACAAUGCCCUGUAAGUGGAGAAUUUACGGGGUUCAUUCCCGAUGCCGAGGGACUGUGUGCCAAACUCUCAUCAGACUGCAAAUCUCCGAAUAUCCUCUACUAUGAGGUAUCAGCCUGUGACACAGGUGAAGUUUACGAGGAAAGGGAGUAUCAAUGUUUAGGACAAUGGGAAGAGAACGGUCUUCUCUAUGCCUUUACAUAUCGACGGGAUCUCAACAUACACGAAUGCUUUGUGGGAGCCAUGAUGGCGGAGAAGACGAUCUUCAUUAAGGAAGCUGGAGAAAAUUGUCAGAGAAAUCUCGAUCCCCAUAGGUAUGGGAUGGAACUCAAUAAGAUCGGUUACUGCAAUGCUGUAGCCGAUAAGACGCCACACUCAUCGCACCGCCAUGUUCAUUCAAGUUCAUCAGUUGCUGAUGAAAUAACUACGCCUGCGACGACAAAGUUCACAGCAGCACAACCUCCACAAGUUCCUCGAACAUAUUCGAUAGCUAGCUCAACGAUAUCACCUGCUAAAACUACAAAAAUACCUGCAAUAAUUGAUAGCACGGCUGGAAGUGCAAAACAACAGUCGAGCGUACUUUUGCUUACCCUUCUUGCCAUUCUCAAUAUGUGAACCUCUCUGAUACCUGCAUUACGUACUCUUAAUAAUCUAUGGUAUACAAUUCAAAUAUAAAAAAUGAUAAAAAACGAA